CCUCUCCCUUUCCACCAAGGGAAAAACCACUUAUCGCGACUUCUUCCAGCUGUGACGCGUGUCGACACGUCUUCCUCUCGUCGCGAUCUUCAUCUUCACCACGAUCUCUCUAGCAGCAAACCAACAGAGGAAGAGGUGCAUCUGCACAAUCAGCGCGGAGGUACCCCGCAUCUCCCUUUCUUUGUCAACCCUUUUUUUUUCUUUCAAGCUCGACUUUCUCACCUUCUAUACUGUUUGCUUCCCGAAGUCCGACAGUGGUUCGGAAUUCCGCAGAUCAUCUUGGCCACUCAUCUACUCGAUGAUAAAACAUAUGGCGUAACAUCUUGCUCAAGCAUCUCCCCUCAAUAUAUUCACCAAUCAUUUGACCAAUAGGGGCUUUCCUCUCCGGAGAUCCAGUCUUGCAUCAUGUCCGUUCCAAGACCCGGGAUGCGGCCAAUGCCACCCCGGAAUGGCCCGAGGGCACCUCCGAUGGGACGUCUGGCCAGUCUCAAGCCACCAAGCUCCACGCCGAUCAGGCGUCCACAGCCCAUCUCCCGGCCUCAACCAGUCAGACCGACGACCCAUCCCAAAACCACCACCUGUCCGAACCCAGGCUGUCCUGCCCCUCAUAUCGUGGAGGAUGACGGCCAGAAGGUCUGUUCCGGGUGUGGUACGGUCAUCAGUGAGGCCAACAUCGUCUCCGAAGUCACCUUCGGUGAAACCUCCUCCGGUGCGGCUGUCGUUCAGGGAACGUUCGUCGGCGAGGACCAGUCUCACGUCCGCAGCACGGGCCCUGGCCGGUUCCAUGGAGGGACCGAGAGCCGCGAGCUUACGGAAGCGAACGGUAAUCGCUAUAUCACGCAGCUCUCUCGUGCUUUGAUGAUCCCCGAGAGUGCCUCCAAGGCUGCUACUCAAGUGUUCAAACUCGCGGUCGGGCUGAAUUUCAUCCAAGGUCGCAGAACCAAGACUGUUGCGGCCGUCAGUUUAUACAUUGCCUGCCGUCGUCAGGACGGCAACACGGUCAUGCUCAUCGAUUUUGCCGAUGUGCUUAUGCUCAACGUCUUCAAACUGGGUCGGACCUACAAGGCCCUCUUAGAAGAGCUACGCCUGGGAGGCACUAUCUUUCUCAUGAACCCGAUCGAUCCCGAGAGUCUGAUAUAUAGAUUUGCCAAACAACUGGAAUUUGGGCCCAGCACAAUGCAGGUGGCCAGCGAAGCCGUCCGCAUUGUGCAGCGCAUGAAUCGAGAUUGGAUGACCACAGGUCGUCGUCCCGCCGGUAUCUGUGGUGCAGCGUUAAUCCUUGCUGCCCGCAUGAAUAACUUUCGUCGCACGGUUCGAGAGGUAGUAUAUGUGGUGAAAGUAACCGAGAUUACCAUUAGUCAACGUCUGAAUGAAUUCAGUUCGACCGAAAGUGGUGAGCUCACCGUCGACCAGUUCCGUUCCGUUCAACUGGAAAACGCGCAUGACCCGCCCUCGUUCGCUCGGUCCAGAGAGGGUCGAAAACCCUCGCGGUCCUUCAAGAGGAAACCCGCUGAAACGGCCGCAGAAAUUGAAGGAGAUGUACCGGAAGUACAGCAGCCGAGACGGGUAGACUCCGAUGGCUUUGCCAUUCCAAAUCUUCCCAUUGAUCCGGCGUUGAUGGCAGCCGAUCAUAGCCAUAGACGGUUGUCGACUGCCUCCGCGACAAGCGAUGCGAUAUCCGACACUGGGGAUGACCCCGCUGCGAGUCGCGCAAAAUCGAAGAGACCCCAGAUGCCACCUCCCUCGGCGGAACAACUUGCGUCCGAGGAGGCGCUGGAAAAUGAAAUGGCCUCCUACUUGACACAGGGCUCGAACAUGGUUGAGAGCACAGUCAUCCCGCCCAAGCCAGCAGUGUCCGAUAGCGCAGAGAUCGAUGCUGCCGAGUUUGAGUCGGACCCCGAAGUGGCCUAUUGCUUACUGACACCCGCUGAAGUCGAGAUCAAAGAGCGAAUUUGGGUGCAUGAAAACAAAGACUAUCUACGAGCACAGCAAGCCAAGGCUUUGAAACGUGCCUUGGCCGAAGCUGAAUCUCAGCCUGGGGCUGACGGCCGCGUACAUAAACCCCGGAAACGCCGAGAAGACGGUGAUGGACGCAGCACUCGUGCCUCCACCCCCGCGGAAGCAACGCGUCGAAUGUUGGAACGGAGAGGAUUUAGUAAAAAGAUCAACUACCGACUUUUGGAUUCCCUUUUCGACGAAGGGGGCGCCGACGAGGCCUCCAAGGCAAAGGCUGAAAGUCUCAGUCGAAGCCAGAGCCGUUACAAUCAGGGGAUAUACUCGGGGAUCGUGUCAAAUGAGAAUUUCCUGGGGAUGGUGGACCACCCCGGUUCGGCCAUGGUUGGAUUCAUCGUGGCCAUAUACAACCUGGGAUGUCUACUGGGGACGUUGAUUUCCUUCCUGCAGAGUGACAAGCUAGGGUUCCGGAGGUCGAUGUGGUUCUCCAUGGCAGUGAUCAUGAUUGGAGGCACCGCCCAAACAUGUUCCUUUUCCAGGACUCAAAUCCUGGCGACCCGAUUCUUCACGGGCAUUGGCACCGGGGUGAUGACAGCAGCCGUGCCAGUGUAUCAAUCGGAAUUGUGUGAUGCACGGAAACGAGGAAUGUACGUCUGCAGCCAGCCUCUCGCAGUCAGUAUCGGCAUCUGCGUGGCCUAUUGGUUCGAUUACGGACUGAGCUAUGUCGACGGCUCCAUCAGUUGGCGACUCCCCAUCGCUUGUCAGCUCCUUCUUGCCGCUGGCGUGGCUACCCUUAUCCUCGGAUUGCCGGAGAGUCCCCGAUGGCUGUAUCGCCAUAAUAGAGAGGCCGCCGCGUUGCGCGUGCUCUGCGACUUCUACGACCGGCAGGCGGACGACCCGAAAGUUAUUCAGGAGGCAGAGGGCAUUCGCAGGGCCAUCGAGGCUGACAACGCUCGCGGCGAGUACAGGUGGUCGCAGAUCUUCAAGAAGGAUGAGCUCCACACUGGCCGACGAGUCUUGCUGGCCUAUGGGCUGCAGUUCAUCAACCAAAUGGGCGGCGUCAAUGUGAUCGUUGUAAUCCUGCAAUACAACGUCGGCCUCGACGCCAAGCUGAGUUUACUGCUAGGUGGAGUGAUCGAGCUCAUGUUUGUCAUAGGAUCCUUUUAUCCCACGUUCUACGCCGAUCGCCUGGGACGUCGAGGCCCGAUGAUGUGGGGAUCAUUCGGGCAGUUCUUAUGCAUGCUACUGAUCUCCAUUCUUCUGUCAUUCAAAGGAACCAGCCUCGAAAGACCAGCCGCCACGGCAUCAGUGCCGUUCUUCUUCCUGUUCAUGCUCAUCUUCGGCGCCUCGAUUAACUGCAUACCGUGGGUGUACGGACCGGAGAUCCUUCCCCUGCAUGUUCGCAAUAAAGGGUCCGCCAUCGGCAUCUCCGCCAACUGGCUGUGGAAUUUCUUUACGGCCAUGAUCGCCCCAAUCCUCAUCCGGGAUUUGGAAUGGAAGGGGUAUCUGAUCUUCAUGUGUUUGAAUCUUUCGUUUGUGCCGAUCAUCUAUUUCUAUUACCCCGAGACAGCGAACAUGAGUCUCGAGACUAUCGACCAGCUCUUCAUGGAUAAGAAGCCGUGCACGAACUGCCUGGCAUCGCUUGAGGAGAUAACACUUGUUUCCACUGAGGUGCGCACAUUUAGAUGAUGGCCCCUCUCUUUGAUCUUUCAGCUCCUUCCUAGUCUUACGAUAGUCCUCGUUGUCUUUCUUUGAGAUAUAUACUUUUUUUAAGGCCAGGAUGGCACGGGGUCAGCGAUCAAAGACGCGAAGUCGAACCCGAAGCUGAAGCCGGGCGGAUCGAUCGCCGCUUCACCCUGGCUCGGAACGGAGUCCUGG